ACUUACGAAAUUAAUCAAUAUCAGCAGGCAGGCAAAAUGAUCAACAACAAAACAAAGAAAUGUUUUGAUUUUGUAUAAUACUUCAAGUUUUAUGAUAUUCAACAAAUUUUGUUAAUACCUGUUUUGCCUUCGUCAGCACAAACAGCUUUAGUGCUUAGCCAUGGCUACCAUGGUCAAAGAGAAAAAACGGGAGAAAAAGAAAGCUAAACAGAAAACCGAGUCAAGAGAAUUCGUGAUCUCGGAACCCUUGAUUUCCCCCACCAUAAACAAAACAAAAAAACUGGAAAACAGUGAUAAUCCCAUUGAUACAACGGAAUACUUUGUAGACAGUGUUAACAUAUCUGAAACUCACGGUGAGGCUGGCUCUAGUACCGAUAAUCACAUAUCAACAAAUGUCACCAGUGAUCUUCAAAAUGUUUGUGAAGAAACAGUUUCUCAAAGUCAAAACUUAGAUAUUUCUUUAUCAAUAGCCACUUCUAGUGUUGAAGUUAAGGAAAGUUUUAGUUCUAAACAUAUUGACACUUACAUAUCAAAGUCAUUGAUAGAGGAGCAUCCAGGUAAAACAUAUGAAGACUUGAAUUUGAAAAUGGAACGGAUGAAAAUACCCACUCAGGAAAUCCCAUUGAAUGUUGAAGAUAAAUUGUUACCUCCUCCUUGGUGCUUCCAACCAAAUACUAAAGACUCCGACAUAACAUCAGAAGCACAAGAAGCAGAAGCUACAUUGUUAACUGAGGAAAAUGUAGUACCUUCAGCACCAGUUUUUGAGGACAUGUCUCAACCAGAACCGAAACACCAAGAGCUUAUAGUAGUUAAAGAAGAAAUUCCAAGACCUCAAUGUAUGCCUUUGGAGAAGGCUGUCUGGCUGUUUGGCGGGGAGGAAAUGGAGGAGAUAAGAAAGAUGAGUGAUAAUGAAGAGGCUAUAGUUGAAGCAGGGCCAUUGAGUGGGCCCGACCAUCCCUUAGUCGACUUGUUGUCUACAUUAAGGAGUUCUCUAAUGUUUCUCGAACGGGAGCGAAACCACUUGUUCAAGAGUAUCAAUGAAGAAGAACAGUGCCGUUCAGCACUGUGGAAGAUACAGAAGAAGACUGUUCAUGUCACUGACAUAUGUCCAUGCGGGGCGUCAGUUCAGUUUCGGGGGAAGUAUGACGAUGCUGAGUUUUUUGCGGAAAAGGUUCCGGCAGCCAGGAUGCGGCUGACUGCUCUCUUGAAUGACGUCCAAGAGGGUUACUGUCAUCAUCAACAUUCAGCUUUGCUGGCGUUUUACCAGAUAGAAGACUUCCUAUCUGAAGUCGUAAAAGCAAACCAGAAGGAAAUGCGUGAGUCCCUGAGUCUGAUCCUGCAAGCUCUGAAGCGAAGCGACACAGCACCGCCAGUGCUUUCCAAACUGUUGGAGCGAUGGGCCGCCAUGCUGGCUUCAGAGUUAGUGGACGCGAGGGAUCCCAGGCAGCUGUUGUUUCUACUACAUCAUCUGUUUAAACAAAGUCGUUCGGUGCGCUGGGCCUCCCGAGCAGUGAAACUGCAUGUAGGGGAUCGCUUGUCCGCCGCUAGGGCUGUGGCCGUGCUCAGCAUUCUGUUAACUCGGCCCCCGCUCGAGUCCGCGCUCGAGUGCAACGAGGAUACAGUAGAAGCGUGGGAGGAGGUGGACGCGGGCGGACGCGGGGGCGCGGUGGACGACGGGGCGCUGCGCGAGCGCGACCUGCUGGCGCUGCUGCGCGCGCUGCCGCUGCGCCAGCUUGUGGCCGCCACGCUCAUGUUCACACAUUCCGAUGUAAGUGAAGCCUUUGAACGAGAUUGGCGAGACGCGUCAGGCGGCGGCGGCGUGGCGCUGGCGUGCUGCGGCGCGCGCGCGCUGCUGGCUGCGCUGCGCCGCGCGCACGCUGCGCACGCGCACUAUCGCAGGCUGCACGCGUUCAUGAGGAACAUCGCUCAGAGAUUGCUGAAGGGGCUGGCUGGGCUGCAUACAAAAAUGCACAGAUCAUCGUACAGCCCGGAGAUGCGGCGCAGCGUCCCGGCGGAGCUGGAGGCCAGCUACGCGGCCGCGCUGUGGCUGUGCGAGGACCGCGACCUGCAUCUGAUGCCGGCGAGUUUGCUCACCGACGCCACCGCCAGCUCCUUUUGUAUGGAGCUCAUAUUCCACUUGCAUGAGACGUCACCACAACAUCUGAAUAGUCUCCCGGUAUGUCUUCCCAAACUGACGUGUGAAGCCCGCGUGCACAUAAUAUCCGAGGCCGCGGCACAAAGGACACGUGACCACGAACUCGCCAGGAUUGUUCUAGAAUUUUUAAUGCAGACUGGUCUGAAGACGAAGUCGGUCUCGUGCAAGGGAGGCUGCGAGGCGGCCGCCAGAACCCGAAUACCCGCGGUGCUGGCCUCGCAUCCUUACCUCUACACCACCGCGUUAAAUCUCAUCGCGGACAUGAACCAAGUGGAAUCAGUGGAGCCGACGUGUGUAAACCACAUCCACGUAGACAAAUGGCGGCCGACGACUGCUGAGCUGCUGGCGGUGUUGGGAGACUGGUCGCAACGCUGCAGCUGCAUGCUGGAGCGGCUGCUGGUGUUGCUGGCGUCUCAUUGUAAUCUUUCACUAGAAUGCCAGGUGUCCUUGGCAAGGUGGCUCCGCGACUGGUCCCGCUCGCAGCCGAACUGCGAGUGGAAAUGGACCGUACUGAGAAAGCUGAGGCUCCACAGGGCUUCGUGGAGUCUCCCGCUGGAUGCGCCUGCGCCGGAACCCUCGGAGGAGACUGAUCUGUUCGCGGCUGCUGUGAACCUGCUCACUAGCUCUUGGGGACACUCUGUGCCGUUGAUAUGCUCCCAUGGCGCCGAAGCCCUAUGUCUUCUAGCCAAAUCUCGGCCAGUCGACGCGGCUCAUUGUCUCUCUGUGGUGUUGCUAGCUAUGGCCGCGUCUCCCGACUCCAUCUCACUGGCUAACAAAUUCGAAACGUUCUUCAACAUAAUGUUGAACACUGGCCCUUCGCUGGUGCAGCGUGCGCUGGGCCUGGGCGGCGCCAGCGGCGCGCGGCUGCUGCAGGGCGUCAUGUUGGCGCACCUCGGGGACCAGGCAGACCCGGCAGAAUACCAGCUCAACAGACGCAUGAUGUUAUCCACUUGGUUCCACGCGUUGUGGCGACCACAAACGUCAGCAUUCGCCAACCUAUUGGACACCGCAAUACUCGUUACCAGAGAGUUUGAUUUAGCUACUGAAUAUGCUGCAAGACUCGUACAGGAAAUGCCAAAAGAGCAAUUGUCUCAAUGGUUGAAAUGCGUAACCGUUGCGCCGCAAGUGAUAGAGUGCAUGCUCCGCGCAAUGUUGGCGUACGAACAGAACGGCAUACUGUCGGACAGGCUGCUGCAGACGCUGCAUACGCAGAGGCUGGAUAAGGUUAAGAUCAAUGUGGACGCCGCGCUACAGCAAAUCGGCAGCGGCAUGAAGUCAGACUCGCUGGUGAUCCACCUCACGUGCGCCGCAGCUCUGCUGGCACCUCUGCAGCAUCCCUCGCAUCUCAUGCUGUGGAGAUUGUUCAUGGCUCUCUAUUUGCAGCGAUGCAGUUUGCCCGAAUCAACCCCACCAGUCGGCCCCCUGUUCUUCAGCGGCAUAAUGAAGUCCCGGACCCUGGCCAGCAUCAAAAGGCAACUGCAAGAAACCAUAGCGUACCACCACAACCAAGCCAUAUCCUAUCGCAAUCCCCAAGAAGAUCAAACUAAAACUGAAUCUACUGUAUCUACUCCAGAUAACGUUGUAACCAAUACGACGUUGAGUGAGGAGUUUUUAGGCGUGUUGUCGAUUACCGAUUUCACUAAUGAUUCGAUUGAAUCGAGUGAUUCUGAAAGCGAGGAGGAAGAAGGUGAAGAGGUUAUUGUGGAAGAGACGUCGAGGGAUGAGGACGAGUCUAUAGCUCACAUGUACUCUUAUCAUUCGGGUGCCGAGAAAAUGAUUCGUGAGUACUACCGCUGGUUGUGCGAGGGUGAAAAAGUUCGCGCUUUGCCACACGAAGCUGACAUCGCCAGGUUUAUUCCCGAACAGGCGUUAGACUCAGCUUUUCGCCGCGUGGUGGCCUCGAGGCGACGUAACACUGAGUGUUGUGAGCUCCCGCUGCCCCGACCCCCGCCCCCGCCACCCCCCGCAGCACCCACGCUCUUCCAGACGGUGGUGGACAACAUCUUGAUGAUCAGGGACAAGUCUUCGCAGAGGAAACGCACCGUCAAAUUAUCGUCCGCCCUCGGAGAUACAAACGUGGCGGACGCUAGUGUUCUUUUGUCUCACGUGGACAAACAUAUGAAGUUGAUAGAGAAGUUCGCAGAACAAUGGCGGAAGGAAGUGUCUCGUGUGCAAUGUUUGAACGAGUCGCUGCUGUCGCUGGUGCGCGCGCUGCGCGAGCCGCGCGCGCUGGCGGCUCAGCGCGUGCGCUGCGCCAACAGCUGCCGGCCGCGCACGCUCGUGCCCGAGGCUCGAGAGUGGUGUAUAUCGACUGGAGCAGAGCAAGGGAUAAUAGAAAAUCGGCGAUCUGCGCAGGCGUCUAUGCGUCGUCUGACCAAACCUUCCUGGCCUGUGGUUCGCGCCGCUGUCAUACUACAGGCAUUAGCCAGGUCCAUCGGAAGUAAACCGACAGCUUUGCGUGUGCUAGAACGCGUGUGGGGCGGCGUUAUGGCGUGCGGCGGCUGCUGGCCCGCGCGCUGCCUGCUGCCCAUGUCGCAGCACAUCGCCGCUAAAUGGAUCUGCCACGAAGGCGAAUUAUGCGCGUCGCUCCUAACUCGCUGGAGCGAAGGUGCAGAAAAGAGCGGGAAUACGCUCCAACAAGCGAUAUGCGGCACCAUACUGGAGCCCCGGCGCCUGCGCCCGGCGGACUUCCCCGCGGUCUACACUGCGCUGUUGAGGAGUCAGCUGCCCUCGCAUGUCAUCUUCAGCUACCUCAGCAGGUUUGAGAUUUCGCACUGGGCCGCGCAAGUGUCCUUCGAGGCCCGCAAUGUAGUGUUGACCGAGUUGUGCGAGGCUGUCUGUCGGUGGGGAUUCCAACCCGAGAAAGAACAUUUUGUGCUUAUCGAGCUAAUCGGCGUGCACACAAUGUCCCUGCUCACGAAUGAAAACAUCACAUCAUACAUCGCUCGCUGCACACAGCUCAGUCUAGAUCGCCGCUUGCCGCCCGAGCAUUGGAAGUAUGUGGUGCCCAGCUUCACGUCACACGCACAUUGUGUGCCUUUGACUAAGUUGCCCGCCCUCCUCUACGACUUGGCCACGUUGUGGUCGUCAGUGCCCAACACUGCGGUGCCGUACCUAGCGCACAUGUUGCACGCGCCCUACGUCACGGAUUUGUUGGUCGAACUCGUGCGCGCCUACGUCGCCGCUGCUAUGGCGCAGAGCUACACGCCCGAGAGAGUGUGCGCGUGCGUGUGGAGCGCGGCACGCGCGGCGUGGCAGCCGUGGGUGCUGCAGCCGCAGCAGGUGUGCCAGUUCGAGAAUGUUCUCGACAAAUUCCUCGGCUCACUGCUGCAGACCAUGCUGGAUUGUCCCGGUAUAGAAGAGUACCUCCUAGGCGAGGUGUGGGAGUGGGUGUGUGAGGAGUACGUGUCCCGGCUGAGCGACGGCAGGCUGCGCGACGAGAGCCACCGCCAGCAGCUGUGGGCGCUGCUGCGCGCGCUGCAGCAGCUGCCCUUCGGACAGGACUGGUUCAGGCCGAAGCACACAAGGACUGCUCUAGAGAUUUGCCGCGCGCCCGAUAUAGAAAUCCGUUCGUGGUUCGAGUGUUCGCUGCGCGGUUUCCGCGCGGCCUCUGCGUUGUACGACAACAGACUGGAGAUGGAGACUCAGCUAGGACUUCUGCUGUACAUCUUCACAGCACCUUCUGUCCCUUAUGUGGAACGGACGCUGUCGCAAGCGUGCAGUCUGCCGUGGCAUUGCCUCCCGGACGCGGGGUUCAGCGAGUUCCUGGCGCUCUACUUCAUGGAGCACUACAACCUCAACCUCAGCUACCACGGAGCUCCUCAAUUCAGAGUACUGCUGAGCGCCAGCGAACUGUUACCGUGCGAGGAGGAGGCGGGAUCAGUGCGGCCGCUGUCGCGCAGCAAGCGCGCGCGCGCGCUGUCGGCGUGGCAGCGCGCCGCCGCCGCGCCCGCGCUCGUCGCGCACGCGCCGCUGCACGCCUCCGCCGUGCUCAACGUCAUCACCGCUAUCGCGCCGUACCUGGACGAGUCUUCUAACGAAGUAGAGGAUUUGCUGAGCCGCGCCAUCGUCAUCAUGUGCGUUGAGCCCGCGGGUUCUGCUGCUUUGCCUGUGUGGCAGCAGUGGGUGUCGAGCGCCCCCGCCCCGCUCCGCGCCGCGUGCGCGAGCGCAGUGUGCAGUGUGACGUCACUGGAGCCCUUCGCCGUUCUGGCUGACGUCACCGCACGCGCUGUGUUGGCUGCACCAGAAUGCGGCGGAUGGGCGGAGAUCGGCCGGCGCUGGUCAGCGUGCCCGUGGCGCGAUGUGGGCGCGCUGUGCGCGCGCGCGCGUGCGCACGCAGCGUACGGCGCGUGGCGAGCGCACGCCGCGCCCGCGCGCUGCGACACGCUGCGGGCCGCGUUUGUCGCGCUCGCCGCCGCCGACAUCGACUUCGUGGAAAACGCCGUGAUAAUAUCAACCUGGAUCUGCUUGGCUGGUCGCGUGUCCCGCGCGUGCGCAUUCGCGGCGGAGGCCGGCGACGCGGCCACAGAGUGUGCGGCGGCGGCCGCGGCGCUGCUCACCAGGUGGGCGGAGCCCCCGCGGCGGAGCUUGUUGUCGCUCGUCAUGCAGCAAGGAAAUAAUGUGCCUACUGUCUUGCACCGCGUACUAUGCAGCUUAGCUCUUUGCAUAAUUUCCCCCAACGAGUCCACAGCUCGCGGGUUCGAAUCCGCCUGCAGCGCUGUCAACCCCGCCGUCAUAGGAGACGCGAUCAAUUGGGGGCGGAACCCUAGGCUGUCAUUACUAACAACCUUAGCUGUGAGAUUCUACCCCACACAAGAAGCGUACUUCAAACAAGAGAUCGAUCUGAUAGCUGAAUUAUGAUCGAAAAUCAAAGAAAUUGUGUAUCUUGCAUGGAAUACACAGAAAAAGAGGUUGAAUGUUGAACUGUGAUUGAUUGCCAUUUUGUGACUGAUCAAGAAAGAUAGUUAUCUAAGAAAUUAAGACUUUAAUGUUUGGGGUCUCAGUCAAAAGUUUAUUAGACUAAACAUUCAUCAUGUAAGAUUUUGAAUGAUGUAUUACCUAGACAUAGGAUUGCGUGGGAGUCUUAAGUUUACUGUGAGGUUUUAUCCCACAAAGAAGGUAAUAUUUAGCUAAUUUCUUAAUUGUAAUUGAUGGAUGAAAAUAUCCCAUUUUGUUUAGGAAUGGCGGGUUAAAGGGUUUAAAUGAACUGUGAUUGUAUCUCGUUUAAAAUGUGGUCAAAAAAAUCCGAGAAAAUAAGUAGGUAUUAAAUACUUGGCUGGAAAUUGAAAUUUUCAAUAUGGUUGUCAAAUUGGGACAUGUGAUAUCUAAAUUUAAAUAUUUUGAUGCCUCGAACGACGAGGCGCUACCAUCGCUUUCAAUAUCAACGUGGCCGAUCUGUUAUUCACACACAGACAUAUUGCCGACCGGACUUCUUUCGUAGCAAGAACUCUGCACUGUACUAUACAAUACUAGUUUACAUAUUGGGAACUAUAUGUCCCCAGAGUAUGAGUUUCAGGAAUGCGAUGUAUUCUAUUUUAUUACUCGAGUAUCUUGCUGUCUUGUGCCAAAAUAUUUUCAUAAUCGGACUGAUCGUAAACUUGUUAAUACAAUUCUAUAUAGCUUUAUUAUAUUCAUGUGACUACAUAACCAUUUGUAACCACGUUAGUAAUGUGUGAAAACUAGUCUCAAUUGUCAUUAUAGUAAUUUGUGGGAGUGUGACAUAAGGUUAUUUUUCUUCUCAAUCGCACUAUUUUGUGUGACCGUUAAUAACUAAUAGCAUUGAGCAACUAUGGUAGGAUUGCCAGAUCGUAACCCAGUUUUGUGAUAUAUUAUUAACUUGUACUGUUUUCAAAGUUCUAGUUUAUGUUACUUUAAAUAUUGUUAUUAUUAUGUUGCUUUCGAUGAUUUUAUUAGAAACGUGUUCAAAUAUUAUUAUGUUUUUGUUAGUUUUGUAACAAUGUAGUUAGGCAUUAAAUGGUGCUUGGUAUAUUAAAACAAAAGCUAAAGCUUUAGUAGUUUUUAGUUUUAUUAAAAUAAGAUAAUAAAAUAAUUCCAAGUCUUCUUAUUUUCCUAAAUAUAUUAUAUACUUUAAACAAGUGCAACUAUGUUAAAAAAUCAAACAGCAAUUGUAAAAAGUACGUUUUACUGAAAUCAAUCUAUCUUUCCUUAACAUAGAUAUCGGAAAUUUUGUGAUUCUAAAAGUAGUUGCUUCCAUGCACACUUAUAAUUGUAUAACAUCAUUUUAUAACCAAAGAAAUAAAAUCUUUUCGGAUCAGGAGGUUACUACAAUUUAAAACAAGGUCUUUAUAUUAUGUCCACAAGCAUGUAUGCUACGAACUAUGCACCAUUCUAUAAAAUCAAACCAAUAAACCAGCUACAGUUAUUAUUCCUCUAAUUGGUACCAUAGUAUAAAUAUAUGUGUAUUGAUGUAUGAUUUUACCACAUAAAAUUUGUUCCACUCUGUAUGGUUACUGGAAUCAGUGGUUAUAGCGUACCUCCUGACUUUUAUCACGUAUUAGCAUCGAUGUAUUAUUCUAUAAAGACAAUAUAGUCAAACACGUAAAUAGUAAACAUUGAUACUACUUUAACAUAUUUAAAAUGUGCUCAACAAAUCCAUGUCAUUAAAUGUACGAAUAAAAUACAAGAAAAUCAA